AUGUCUCCCAAACCAGAACAAGAAUCUGCUUUCUUGAAUCCUAUGCAAGAUCAAGAAGAUACAGAUGAAGAUUCAGAGCCUUACCAAUAUGUUCCUCCACGAAGACGUCGCCGUUGUUCAGCAUGUAGAUGUUUCGCAUGGACCAUGUCGUUCCUCAUGAUUAUCGUCAUCUCAGCACUCACUGGUGCAUGGAUCGCAAUGGCGUAUCUUGAGAUCGAUCAAAUAUGUGCUAUGCAUACAACAAAGUGGUCACCUGUCCUCAAAGACAUUGCGAUUAAGUACCAAGAAACACACUUUGACGGAAACUUUAUGGAGGAGAACAAGUUUCGCAAGAAUGGCUCCAAGGAAGUAGAUAAGGCAUGGGAGUCUUUGGGCGUCGAUUACCGACCUGGUGUUAUCUCUUAUGAAGAAGGCAUUGCCAGUGGUCUUACUGAUGCCCACGUUCAAGUCAGUCCUAAACAUGGUGGUGGUUUCAUCGUCAAUGUCGAGGGCAUGCAUCAUCUUCACUGCCUGAAUCUUGUUCGUAAGAGUCUCUACUUUAAUUACGAUCAUUAUAAGCACGUGGGUGGACAUGCCUUCGAAAACGAAGGCGAAGUCUUCCGCCUACACGUCACACAUUGUCUCGACACAAUCCGUCAGGUCCUCAUGUGUCACGUCGAUACUGGUGUUCUAGGACAAGUCUGGUAUGACAAGAAGGAUCCCAAUGCGUUCCCGGACUUUAACACCAAGCACACUUGCAAGAACUACGAUGAUAUCAGAAAGUGGGCAAAGUCACUUCAGGCUCCCCCUCCUGAGAAACUACCAGAAGACUUCCUUACUGUUCCGGACUCGAACCAUGUUCUUGAGUUUACACCAUAA